AUGAACUGGCACUCUGGUCUUCCUUCAUUGCUUCGCUCAACCUCCGACGUCCUCAUGUCGGAUCGCUUCUCAGAGUUUGGCUUCCCCCUCUCAUCCAACCCUCCCUCCCCUUCUCUCUCGCCUGCCUUGUCCCCCGUCCACAUCGACUCCUUCGACACCUGGCAAGAAGCCACCUAUUCGCGCAACCUCUUGACUACUCUAGAUCUGCAAGCGAUGGACACCGACGACAACCACUACAGUGGUUGUGAGGGCAGUGGUAACGGCAGUGGCUAUGAGAGCGACAUGUUCACAGGUCCCCAAGAAAUGCACAACUCUCAAGGCAUGCUGCAGAUCCCUGUGCGCUCGCACGAGAUGUCCUCAUUCCAUGCCCGAUACAGCCCCUAUUCUAGCUCUCCUUCACCUCAGCCUCAGCCCCUGUCCCUGCACCCUUUAGACAAUUCCUUGGUCGGAACUCCAGUGGCCGGAUCGCCCAGCCCCCAGCAUAUUGAUGCAGCCCAGUUCCGGGUGCUGAUGAACGAGGCCACUAAUCGAAUCAAGGCCUUGGCCGAGGCCGACUAUGUCUCACUUCCCCAACCCAGCCUUCUCGCCGCCAAUGUCGGGUUUAUUAGUCCCAACAACCCAACCGCCUUUCCUGCCUAUGUUCAUAGCGUCCCUCGCGUGUACUUGGGGCGAUCAAACAGCGUCGAGUCUCUUGUUGCCGAGCCUGCCUCUACUUGGACUACUGCUGAGCAGAUCGGACAGAUCAACUGUGCUCAAAUCCUGUACCAGCAUCAGCAGCAGCAGCAGCAGCAUCUCCAAAACUUGGAGCUGCAACAUCAGCAGAACCAGCAUCAGCAAAUGGUCGACUACCCCAUCUCCCCGGUUGUGACAAUGAUUCCCGCAGGAAACGUCAACCAUAUGAACCAGCCGAGCAUUAACAUGGUCCAUAUGCACAUAGGGUCGAUCAACAGCAGCAACGCUUACGAACCAAUGGCCAUUGUGGACAGCCACCUGUCUCGAGUGUCAGACCCAAUGCCCAUGGUUAUGGCCAUCCGCAACAGGCGUCCUCUCUCGGCUGUCUACAAGCCUCCCGUCAACAAGUUCAUCUGUAAAUUACCCGGUUGCGGCCGCACUUUCUCGCGACAGUUCAACCUCAAGUCCCAUGGCAUGACCCACGAGACUCUCCGCCCUUACCCCUGUGACCAGUGCGACAAGACCUUUGCCCGGAUCCACGACCGCGACCGCCAUCUCAAGAGCCACCACGAGAAGGCUCACUUCUGUGUCGUCUGCCAGGGCAAGUUUGCUCGCCAGGACGCGGUGACCCGGCACUUGAAGCUGGCCGAGGAAAAGAACCCCUGUGCGGUGAUCCUUAAGGAGAAUGGCGCCAGUUUCCGAGACGCCGCCGCUGGUCGAAUCACAAGAAGUCGAUUGGGGAACGAGGUUGUAUUGAGGAGUCGGUUCCAGGAACUGGAGGAUCACGCGAAGAAGAUCAAGGCGACCAAGACUUUGGAGAAGGGUAUGUUGAGCAUGCAACUGUUGACUAUGGACAAUCGCACCCCCUUGAACAUUCCUCAGAUGAAGCAUCAGCAGUUGCAGCUCCAGACACCCAUGAGCUCGGCCUCUCGGUCACCUUCGACACCUUACUCGUAUUUAGCAGGUGGAAGGGGAUUGGAAUUGGCCAGUCCACAUCAAUAG